AUGAGUAAGGAAACAGACUCAAAUUCUUCAUUUGAAUGGCCUCGUCUGCUGAGUUAUAACGGGACAUACAAGUACCUCUACUUAGAAGGCAAUGUCUCUUACGUGGACUUCUACCAUCAUCAGCCUUCCGUGGCAGCUGUCUUCAUUGUCUCUUACCUCCUCAUCUUCCUGCUCUGUAUGGUUGGCAAUGGAGUAGUCUGCUAUAUUGUUCUGAGGAGCAAGCAUAUGCGAACAGUCACAAAUCUUUUCAUCUUGAACCUGGCUGUCAGCGAUUUACUGGUGGGAAUCUUCUGCAUGCCCACCACCCUACUGGACAACAUCAUUGCAGGAUGGCCAUUUGGGAGCAUGGUUUGCAAGAUGAGUGGGAUGGUCCAAGGAAUUUCUGUCUCUGCUUCCAUCUUCACUCUGGUUGCAAUUGCUGUAGACAGGUUUCGAUGCGUCGUUUAUCCAUUUAAGCAGAAGUUGACCACCUCAACCGCUAUCAUCAUUAUAACAGUCAUCUGGAUUCUGGCCAUUGCAAUCAUGUGUCCUUCAGCAGUCAUGCUGCAGGUACAAGAAGAGAAGCAUAUAAGAGUAAUCCUUGGCUAUGGCAAUGAAACCCGCCCUGUAUAUUGGUGCCGGGAGAACUGGCCUAACCCAGGAAUGAGAAGGAUCUAUACAACAGUCCUGUUUGCUAAUAUCUACCUUGCUCCCUUGUCACUCAUUGUUAUUAUGUAUGCUAGGAUAGGCAUUGCUCUCUUCAAUACAGCAGUGCCUACAGUGGGAAAGCACAGCCAGGAGCAGCGACACACUGUGUCUAAGAAGAAACAAAAAGUCAUCAAAAUGCUUAUUAUUGUGGCUUUGCUUUUCACCCUGUCCUGGCUUCCAUUGUGGACUCUGAUGAUGCUCUCAGACUAUGCCAACCUGUCAAAUAUCCAGCUGCAGAUCAUCAACAUUUAUAUCUACCCUUUUGCCCACUGGCUGGCAUUUUUCAACAGCAGUGUCAACCCCAUUAUCUAUGGUUUCUUUAAUGAAAACUUUCGCAGAGGCUUUCAGGCAGCCUUCAAAUUUCAGCUCUGCUCUAAUGACAUCAUUCACAGGGAGGUCUACUCCCAGCGAGGCCAAAGCAAUGCCAUUUUGCCACUUGCCAACUACCAAACACCCCAGGAUCAAGCUUGUCAAGAUGUCAAGGCAGAGAGAAAGACAAUUAAGAAAGGAAAUUGGAUGAAUAACCAGCAGGAUUUGAAGAUGGAGGAUCUUGAAGAGCCUUAG